AUGGCUCCCGAAUCAGAGGUGAGAUCGUUGGAUCUAACUCAUCCCGAGGCCAGCAAGGAUUUGCGAAGCAACGUCAACGGUGGCAACGUGGGAGAAAGAAGAGCUCCGGCUUCAGCUGACGCCCCGGUCACUUCAUCAAGUGAAGUUGUCGGUGGAAGUCCAGCCGCGAGAUGUACCACUUUUGGCGAUUUCUCGCUUUCUAACGACGACUGGCUCGAUGCUGCCUUAUCAGAAACGAGCAACUGGGCAUCUGGGUGCAACACAAGCCCUGGAGGCCGGUGUGACGGUGGAGAGUCUCUGGGUUGUUGUAAAGUUAGUGAAAGUUCCAAAAUGGAGGAGCAACCCACUUCCAAGGCCAGAAGAGGGAGCAAGAGCUCUACGACAACUCAAGUGACCGCCGCUGAUGGAAGAGGACCGCAAGUGUCUCAGCUGAGCUUGCCAACAGAUACGGGCAAAGACUUGCCUCUGUUGCCAGCAUUUUUCAUAGAAGUGGACGAAGAGCCAAUGGAGGAGUCAACCGCUCAAACUAGACUAGACAAGCGCGCUCGCGAGUUGUGGACGGACUACCAGAGCAGAGACGACAAUACGUUGGCGCAAGAAGACGAAGCAGAUCGAGCUUUUCUCGGCGGGGGGGCAUUCCAAAAUGAAGAAUACGAGGCCGCCGAAGACAAAGUCCUUCUGGCGUUUCAGCGCCGGUUGAGCAGAAGCCCACAGCAGAUCAUCCGCUACAGCUUUGGUGGCAAGCCGCUGUGGAUCCACCGCCCUGCUAAUAAUACUGCAACAGGAGCUACGGAGCACCCCCGAUGUGAACGCUGUGGAGCAAAAAGAGUAUUUGAAAUGCAACUCAUGCCUACUCUUAUUCACACAGUUAAGCAAAGGUGCCACAAAAUGGACCAUACGCUGCUCAAGAACGGCGUCAGCCCGAACUGGGGUACUGUAGCUGUUUUCACAUGUUCGGAGGAUUGCGUAAGAGAUCGGACGUACCAGCAGGAAUUCCUAGUAGUACAAGAAGGAAUAUAA